UCCAAAUACCAUCUAUUUUGGUGAUCAUAAUUAUUUGAUGACAGAGCCUCUGGUUUCUCUGCCACCCUUUUGUACACAUGAUCUUGUUGUUAAUAAUUGAGCAGGGUAAGCUAGAGAAGUGGGUUCCUUAAAACAGCAGGUAUACUAGACCUCUGGAGCAGGACACACAGAAAAAAAAAAUUGUGUUUUUACUCCCUGUUUUUGACUUCCGCCCAUUCCAGGCAGCUUUUCAUUUGGACUCUCAGUUGCAUUGCAUAUCAGUCCAAUCUGUAAUCCAACCCAACGUCCUUUUCCUUCCUGGAGAAAGGAUGUCUGUUUAAGAUGAUGUCAUUUCCCUCUGAGGGGGAGAGCUACGUUUAAGGUCUGAUGGUUUUUCGUGCAUCGCCUCUUUAUUCGGCUAACAUGGAGGAACCUCAUAGAAAACUGAACCAGCACUAUGAAGCCACCAAGCCCAGAAAGGUGAGGUUCAAGCUGGCAUCUUCCUACAGCGGCCGGGUGUUGAAGCACGUGUAUGAGGACGGUCAGGAGCUGGACAGUCCAGAGGAGCAAUACCCACACAGCUUCCUCCACCAUAAAAUUCCUCCCAGUCAUCUUGAGUUGGAGCAGCUUUGUGGAUUUGAAGAGCCUAACAUGGAGAAACAAGGUGUUUAUCCUGCGGCAGGACUUAUUGCCCAAAGAAUAAAUGUUUACAGAGGAAUAGGAGGCUACAAGCCUGCUUCUGAUAGAAGAGAUGAAUCACAAGAAGACAACAAGGCCUCUGUGUUGGAUUUUGGCAAGAUUAUCAUCUACACCAGCAAUCUGCGCAUCAUAAGAGCUCCACCAAAGAGGCCUGAAAUGUUGCGUCAGUUGCCUUCGGUGGACUUGGAGGGAUACCCAAAGGCCAGGGAAAGAGCCAGCAAGAGGAAGACCAAAGCUCUUCCCUCACAGGAGGUGGUGGAGAAGGAGGAGAGAAAGAUCGGUGACAUAGAGACUGAGGAGGCUGACAGCUGCCAGCAUUGUGGCGGUUCAGGCUGCGCUCCCUGCUCCUUAUGUCAUGGCAGCAAGCUGUCCAUGCUGGCGAAUCGCUUCAAUGAGUCCAUCAGUGAUCUGCGAUGCCAAGCCUGCUACCCCCAUGGUCUGGAGAAGUGCCAGUCUUGCUCCAGUAAAUAGCGCUAUUUGGCGUGAAAGCCAUGUCUGGCAGGGGGAGUGAUUGAGUGUGUAACUGCGAGCGAGUGUGUGUGACCAGUUGGGUUGUCAGAAGUGUCUCAGGAGCAAUAUUGCUCUAAUCCAAAAUGCUCUUGGUGGGAUGCCUCAAAGCACCGUUAGGACACGUAAGCCAUCUUUGGUAAUGGGGAUUGCUACAGUGCGGCACACUCAAAAUUGUGAAAUACAAUUACUGUGUGCAGUGAACGUGGCUCCAGAUAGCACAGACACAUAAUCACCUUUUUUGUUUUCCCAUAAUUUUGCAUCUGCACCUUCCUUCCAGAUAAAAAAUGGACCUACCUUAUCUUUUUAAUUAAAAUUAUACAACAUUUUGAGGUUCAUUGUAUCCACUCUGACAGCUGCCCUGUUCUUAUCUCCUUUGUCUAUUCACCGAAGAGAAGCAUAUGAAAAUGAUGUGCUCUAUCAGUGUAACUGAUGCCUUUAAAAUCCUUUUUAUCGGCAAAAAGACUUAAAGAUGAGGAGGCUGAGAUCAAAAAAAGGAAAAAUGUAGUCAUUGAGAAAUAGAAAUAGGAGAAGCAUGACCGGUUUAUAAAUAGUUUGAGCUUCAGCCAGGAGAUGAUGGUUGAGCUGUGCUCCUCCCAAAUGCGCCAAUAUAAUUUCUGCUUUUGUUGAGCGAUAACCAGAGUUUUAGAAGACUUCUAAUAAAGUUACCUAAUUUAUUUCAUUUAUUUAAGCAUGCUUUUGAUAAAUAUUUUUGUGCAAUGUACUAAUUUUGAAUGGAAUGUGUUGUAAAAAAAAUAUGAACAGGAUCAAAAAAAUAAAGUGAGUGGAAAAAAGUGUUUUAAAUCUGCAAACAAAAGCUGAGGCAGACAGAAAUCUGACAAAAACCACACAUGCCGGGUUUUCUGCAAACAUCCCCAAACAAGCUGAACUAAUUCACUUGGCAGUGGAACGUACGCUUGUGCUGGAAUGACAUGCUGUCAGUCAGACAUGGGUCACAAGGGUUUUUCUCCUCGUUUUACCAAAUGCAAAAUAUUUAAGACAAAAUACUUGCAUGUCAGGUACAGUGAGCUUUAAAGGAAAGUAAGUAAACGAAGACAAAGGUGAAUAAACAAAUUUGAAACCAUUUUAUUUCUUUUAACAGGCUAUGAUUUUCCCUAGUUAAGGUCUCUUAAGAGGGUGUGCAUCUACUUUAAGUGCUGUCUUUUAAAGAAGUUGUGCUCAUUUCAAACAUUUUUGUGGAAUCAUUUCUUGGUCUUUAAAGGUCAGUCUUUACACAUAACAAAGCUGAUCCAUUUUUUAAAAAAAAUCCUUAGAUAAUUUUCUUCAAAUCGGUUGUGAAUUUCUGUCAAACAUUUUUGCCUGUCUCAGCGUCAUGGGCUUAAAUGAUACAUUUGCACUUUACUGUUUACACCAACACUUACACAACCUUAAACUCAAAUAAAAUAAUAAAGAUUCAUGCA